AUGGGAAGGUCUCCCUGCUGUGAUGAAAAUGGCCUCAAGAAAGGUCCCUGGACUCCUGAAGAAGAUGAGAAACUCAUCGAUUACAUCCAAAAACAUGGCCAUGGCAGUUGGAGAGCCCUUCCCAAGCUUGCAGGUCUAAACAGAUGUGGCAAAAGUUGUAGGCUGAGGUGGACUAAUUACUUGAGGCCUGAUAUCAAGAGAGGAAAAUUUUCACAAGAGGAAGAACAGACAAUUCUUCAUCUCCAUUCCAUCCUAGGAAACAAGUGGUCAGCAAUUGCAACGCACCUGGCAGGUCGCACAGAUAAUGAAAUCAAGAAUUUUUGGAACACUCAUUUGAAGAAGAAACUGAUCCAAAUGGGAUAUGAUCCGAUGACUCAUCAACCAAGAACUGACCUGUUUUCAAGUUUGCCUAAUCUCAUAGCCUUAGCAAAUAUACUUGAGCAUCAUCAGUUGGAAGAACAUGCUGCGAGGUUACAAGCAGAAGCGGUUCAAUUGGCUAAGAUUCAAUAUUUGCAAUGUCUCCUCCAAACUUCCCCUUCAAUGACAACUAGUUCAAACAGCCAUUUCAACCCCGGCGACUUGGGAACAGUUAAUUCGAUCAGUUCGAUUCCUCAGAUUAGAGAAAUUCCAAGUCUGAAUUUGUCCGACUUUGAAAAUCAACCACCAUCAGUUUCGAUUGAAAAUAUUGCUAAUUCUCAACUGCUCCACCAGCCCAUCACCUCAAAUGCUCCUAAUAUUCCAGACCCACAAGUCCCUUUCCAUUUCCAAACACAUUUGAAUAAUGAUGAAGUUGUACGCAUUCCAAAUUUCACAAGGGUCAGCCAAGGAGACAAUACACCUAACUCUUCCUGGAUUCUUCCUUCUCCUGAUUCUUCUUCUACACUUCCACCUCUGACUGAAACCUCGAUAAGCAAUAUAGGGGAUGCUAGCAGCACCUCCAGCAACGUCGAAGGAUCUUCCUCCUAUUGGUCCGAGCUACUUUUCGAUGAUCCUUUCCUGCAUGAUAUAUCUUAG